UACUUUUAGAUUUUCAUGCAAUAUAGAGUGCAAAAAGUCAGUGUCUAUGUGUAUACAGAUGCGCACAUAAUUAAGUGGUCCCCUGAUGGAGAGAGGUAUGUGACCGUGGUAACAAACAAAGUGGAUAUCUACAGACUUGACACAGCUUCAAUCACUGGCACCAUUACAACAGAGAAGAGAAUUUCUUCACUUAGGUUUAUUACAGAUUCUAUCCUUGCCAUAGCUGGAGAUGAUGAAAUUAUAAGGUUCUACAGCUGUGACUCUCAAAAAUGCCUGUGUGAAUUUAAAGCUCAUGAAAACAGAAUAAAAGAUAUUUAUACUUUUGAAAGAGAAGGACAGCAUCUUAUUGUUACUGCAUCCAGUGAUGGUUACAUUAAAAUGUGGAAUUUGGAUCUUGAUAAGAUUAAAAAUGUGCCAUCUUUACUGUGUGAAGUCAAUACCAAAGCUAGGCUGACAUGUCUUGCAGUAUGGCUUGACCAAGUUUCAGAAAUGAAAGAAAACUCUGAUAAAGCUGCAACAUCAUCUCAAGCAAAAGAAGAUGAAAAAUCAUCAAUAGUCAGGAAAAACAAAGCUUGUCGGACUGAUACAAGUGAUAAAACAGCAAAAAAAAAGAGAAAAAUUAUUCCAGAGAAAAAAAAAUUGGAAGCUCCAUUGCAAAAGAAGAAAAGGAAACAGAAUAGCUCGGCAUGAAGGCAGCUUCUUUCUCUCCUGUAUAAAAGUAAAUGCUGGUGUUGCUCUAGUUUUUAUAAGAAUGUAAACCUCUAACAGGACAUACACCUCUGAACUGAUGAGUUGUUUAAAAGUAAUUAAUGUUCUUACCCUAAGAAAUUGACUGAUCGUUCUGAGAAGUAUCAAAAGAAUUAAGUGAAGGAGGCAAAAAUAAAUUUAUAAUAUGUAAUGUUUAUAUUUUUCUCUUAAAAAUAACAUAUACCUUUUUAACUGGCUCUGAAAAAGGCAGCUAAAAUAAUAAAAAUAGCUGCAUCUGUC